GUUGUCAUGUGAGCAUUGUAAUCAAAAGUAAGAGUGCUACCAGCGUUGUAAUCCGCUUCGAUUUUCUAGUUUAUCUCACUAUAAAUGUUGUGAAAUUAGCCAUAUCACAUCGGAUCAUCACGCAAGGAUCAUAAGGAUUAAUUCUAACUAACGAUGGCUGAUAAGAAGUUCAAGGGAUGCCCAUUUGGGACUCAGACAGCAAGGUUUGAUGUAUCAGGUGUUCAUCCAAAGAGUAAAAUGCCAGGAACAUUCACACAGACUCCUUAUUGCAGAAAAGCAACGAGUACACUGAGUAAAAAGUUGGGCCCAGGUAGCUACAAUGUUGAGACGGGUAGUUUUAAUGCACAGGCUGUAGAAGAAAGGGCAGAUGGGCCGGGCUGGGCAAGGGCUUAUGAAGUAGCACGUAUGGCUGCAUUGCCACAUCUACUACAUAAAGAACAAUGGGAAUUAAAGCGUUUAUUGAAAAGAAAAUUGGGGCCUGGUAGUUAUGAAAUCAAAGAUUUUUUGGAAUCAUCUGAUGAAAAGCCUCGUAGUAUGAGAGGAAUUUGCCAAACAAAAGACAAAAGAUUUAAAGAACCAGUUACAAUGAGCAAUGUAACACCAGGACCAGGCACAUAUGGCGAUGGAGGCAUCCCACAUUCAGCUAUUGAAGUGAAAGAUAAGAAAUCUAUAAGCACAAUAGGUCUCCUAGAUGCAGGCUCAUCCUUCCCAAGGUCACUUCCAACUGUGGGCUCAGAUCUUGGACCUGGCAGCUACCAGUUUGACAGUUUCACAGAUGUUUUACAUAAAAAACUUACAAGUGUAAGAGGUCCUUAUGAUCUGUUCAGUGGCGACAGAAAUAAACCAAUCAAAACUGGCCAUCUCGCAGCACCUCAAAAUGCCAAUCUUGGCCCAGGGCAGUAUGAGAUCAAGUCGUUCAAUGAAGAACUGGUAAAUGAACACAAGAAGAAACAAGGAAAGUUUGGCAAAGUUGCACAAUACCCUACUUCUAACUCAGAGAGAAUAUUCAGCCAUACUCUAUCACAAUGCCCUAAAGAAGCUACAUUCCCUGGCCCAGGUCAAUAUGAUCCUAAAGCUCAGACAAAACCAUUGAUGCAGGCGAAGUUCUCACCAGGCUUCCUCUCUUCUGCACAGAGAAAUGACAGACUAUCACAGAAAUUCUUCACUAGGAACUUUAACCCAGUUGGUGCAGGUCGCUAUGAUAUCCAAAAAUGGGAAGAGGCCCAACACAAGAAUGGACACGACAGUAUAUUCAGAUCAAAGACUGCUAAACCAAAUGCCACUAUGGAGAAAUUCCUCAAGGAAAGGAUACGAGGAAAAGACAUUAGACCAAAGGACAAAGUGUAUAUUGUUGAGCCUGGUGCACCUAACAAAUACAGCUAUUCAUACAACGAUACACCGCAGUUUGCAGCUCAGAGGGCCGCAACUAUUGCAUAAAUCUGAAUCUCUCAAACUUGGAUUAUUAAAAGGAAUGGUUUUAAUGAUUUCCACAUAAUAUGCAGUGAUGACAAAGCUUUAAAGCAGGCAGAUAUGAGAUAAAUCGCCCUUAAUCAUGUUUUAAUAUCUUCCAAUUUAAAAGAUUAGAAGAGUAUCACCAUGAAGUCAUAUGAAAUUGAGAACAAGCCAUAAUGUCAGCCAAAUUUACGAUGAUUCAUCAUAUACUUUUAUAUUGUUAUGAACAGUAGCUGAAAUCUCAGGAUAGCUGAACAAUCCAAAGAGAUAUACCCUAGCGAAAGGGGACUAUUAAUAAUGUGUACAUAGUAUUUCAAAAUCAGCGAUGCAAUAUGUUUUGAAUCAGUAUUUAUAUAAACCAAAAAUCAUGAUUAUGUAUAAUCUUGCCCAUAUUUUCAUUAUGUACAAAAUUUCAUUCUCAUGUCAAUGUCAUUUCUAUAUUUCAAAUUCAUGUUUGUUUCUGUCAGUCCAUGGACAUUAAGAAAUUGAGCAAUCAGUAUUAAUAUUAUAUUAAUAUGUAGUUAGGCUACAGUUGUCAUUACAUUUAUUGAUCUUACUGGUGUGUAUCAAUGUCAUUGUAAUCGUGAUACAUAAUUACAAUGUAUUUUAAUGUAAUUUAAUGUAUCCAACGAACGAACUACAACAAGUGUUCAAUAUGAUUUUCAUGAAAUUUUAAAGAAAUUAUUUUUUUAAUUUAAAAUAUGGAAAUAUUUUAUAGACCAAAGUGAUGUACUCAUAUAUUAAUGAAAAGAUUUAAACUGUUUUUAUACAAUUAUAGAAAUAAACAUGAU